AUGAUGUGGAGCUUGAAAGGGGUUCGUGUUGUCCGUGGACCUGACUGGAGCUCCUCUGAUGUUGAUGGAGGUGAAGGCUAUGUAGGCACAAUAACUCAGGUGGAUUACAAUGAGGAGAGAGUGACAGUUGUAUGGGACAUUGGUAGAGAAGUAACAUUUCCUUAUACAGAGGGAAAAUAUUAUCUACUGGUGUUGGAUAAUUCCCCAGCAGGAAUCAUUCACAAAGAUGUAAGUUGUACUACGUGCAAAAGAAAAGAAAUCCCAGGGAUGAGAUGGGUGUGCCUCAAGUGUAAAAAAGUUAACCUGUGUUCUACAUGUUACAUGGCAGGAAAGCAUGAAACUGACCAUGAAUUUGGAAGGAUUGAUAUGCCAAAUUCUUCAAUAAUUAAAGUUGGUAUUAGAAAAAAGAGCACAAAGAAAAAGUCUUGGGGACUCUUCCCAAAGGCAAAGGUACAGAGGGGAAUUCACUGGAAAUGGGGAGACUCUAAUGGUGGAAAGGAGGUUCAUGGAUUGAUACAGAACAUCUGUGACUGGGGCCCCAGUGGUCACAGUGGUGCUGUUAGAGUUUGCUGGGAGAACAGGAACCACACGGUGGAGCGCUACAGGGUGGGAGGGGAUGGUGAAGUGGAUCUCAUGGCUGUACAGUCUGCUGAGGGAAAUGCUUACUAUCCAGAACAUCUGCCUAAUGUUGGUCUUGAAAUCUUGGAUGCUGGAGACCAUAAGAUUGGAGACAAAGUGCAAAUAAAUCUCAGUGCUUCAGAACUCAGAGUCCUGCAAUCAUCCAGUGACAUUGGCUGGCAAGAGGAGAUGACCUAUUGUGUAAACAACACUGGGACUAUAAUUCACAUUCCUUCUAUAUGUCAAGCCAGGGUUCAGUACCAAAAUGGACUGCUAUUCAACUUCCAGAAAUUUGUCCUUCAUAGAGUUCACCGCCUUGAAAUGGGAGAUCUUGUUAGAGUAAUGAAAGAUAAAACAAUAGCAUUUCGACUUCAGCAAGGACAUGGUGGCUGGUCAAAGAAUCAAGACUUGACAUUAGGACGGCUGGGUAGGAUUGUCAAUAUUGAUGAUGAUGGCGAUGUGUCUGUGACUGUUGGGGACAGUCAACACCUGUACAGCCCAGUGUGUCUAGAUGUGGUGGAUCCAAAUUCUCUGUCAGCCAGGGAGAAGGUGCCCUCUAUACCGAGUAAUCUCCACUCCAUUAGAUUAUUUGACUUUGAAUUAGGAAGACCUAGCAAAAUUGAUUCCAUGCCACAGUUAACAUCUGUUGUAAAAGCUGCAGCCAGAGGAAAUUUGGAUUCUAUAAAGCAGAUCCUAAAAGCAGACAAGAGGAAGGUGGACAACAUUGAGAAUGGAGUGACUGGCUUGCAGGUAGCCAGCAACAAUGGCCAUGAGAAAGUUGUCAAAUUUCUUCUGGAGAGAGGUGCUGAUAUAAAUAAAGUGGACAAAGAAGGAAACACACCUCUCCAUUUUGCUGUGCAUGGACAAAAGACAGCUGUAAUAAAACUGUUACUUGAGCAGAAAGCGGAUUCCUCUAUACAGAACAGUGCUGGACAGACAGCAUUACAUCUGGCUAUAGACAGACAACAGAUAGAGAGUAUAAAAGCUCUUGUCAUUGGCCCCUGUGAUGUACAUGUCAAGGAUAGCCAGGGAGACACGUCAGUUCAUGCUGCUAUCAGAACGAGACAGGAGAAGAUUCUGAAUGCAGUCCUUAGAACAUACCAGGUGAAGUUCCAUACAGAGAAUACAUCAGGAUAUGACAUGCUUCAAUGGGCUGUUUAUAAUAACUUUAAAAGUGCUGUAGAGUUGAUACUGGCAAGAUGUAGCCACUGUCUGCCUGAGCUGGUAAACAGAAGAAUGUCUAAUAAUGGGUUUACUGCCCUUCAUAUAGCAGCCUUCCAUAACUUCAGAGACUGUGCCCAUAUUCUGAUAACUAAGGGAGAAAUGAAGAUAGACAUGGUAGAUAGUAAGGGACAAACUCCUCUCCAUCUUGCAGCAGACCAGGGGCAUCUGAAUAUGGUAGAAUUUCUAGUAGAAUUUGAUUUGAAGGUGAAUGCUCAAGACAAAAAUGGAAAUAGUCCAUUGCACUUAGCUCAGAUGAAAAAUCGUAAUUUUGAGGCUGCAGAGGGAUCAGAAGUAAACAAGACAAACAACUAUAUAUUAAUAUCCUGCCUACUGGUUGAACAUGGUGCGGAACUAGACAUAAAAAAUAAGCAGGGAAAAACGCCAUUUGAUUACACCAAUCAACAUUCAAAGCUGUUUCUUGAGAGGAUAUCAAAAGCAGCCAAACAUCAAAGGUCAGCUAACUCAGCAGGGGGGAUCUCUCUCCCUCUGCACUGGUCAAGUAUGGAGAAUAAAGGCUUUGAUCUGGUCAGUUUAGAUUGCAAAAAAUCUGAAGAGAGAGCAGAGUUUUCCAGUGUGUCUUCUGUCAUAGUAAAUGGACUUCCUAAUGCUGAAGUGAAGGAGGUCAUCAGAGUGCAGAAUGAACAUUUAUGGAUGCUUUACUCUGUAAAAAAGAAAAUGUUUACCAAAAAGUAUGGAAGAGGAAACGAAAAUGAAGUCAGACUCUUACAUGGGACCAAGUCCGAGACUGCAUUUAAAAUAUGUGAGGAAAAUUUUGACUUCAGAAUCGCUGGUGAAAAUCUCAGCCCCAUGUAUGGGAAAGGGGUAUACUUUGCUACAGAACCUUCCCUGUCUGACCAUUAUUGUUCAGAGGAGGAAAACAACGGACUGAAAUACAUGCUGAUGGCUCGGGUCCUGGCAGGAAAAAUGGGGUAUGGCUCCCCAGAAUUACGGAAGCCUCCUGAUGCUUGUGACUGUGUUGUGGAUUAUCCGUCCAAACCUCGGAUUUACUGUGUUUUUGAUUUUAAUCAGCUUUAUCCAGAAUAUGUUAUAAAAUAUAAACUAGUAGAUAGCAUAAAGUAAUUGAAGGUUUAAAGGUGAAUAACUCCAUGUGCCAUUUGUAAGA